ACACUGAGCAAAGGUUCUUUAAGCAGCUCACUUCCCGCAGGACCUCUUUUAUUACUCCAUGCUUCAGGGAGACUGCUGUGAGCUCCAGCUGAAGGGUAAAGAAAGGACCAUGGCGAUGAAAGAGCUAGUCUUGCUGUGGAUGGCAACUGGGCUGGUGGCUUCAGCUGAAAUCCUGGAGGUGGUACCAGUGACCUGGCUCCCACCUCACCUGGAUCCCCCUGGACCUCAGGUGGACGAAAGCAACAAGUCACUGACAUCCAUUCCUACCACCUACCAUUCAAACACAAGCAAGUUAAUCCUACACCACAACUACAUCAAGAUGACCUUCGUAGAUGCCCAGACCUUGAGCAAAUACCCCAACAUAACGGAGCUAGACCUCUCAUUCAACCUUAUAUCCGAGCUGCCUGCAGUGACCUUUUCUGCCCUCACCAACCUGGAAGUUCUCAAUCUCAGGGGGAACCAGCUAAAAACGAUCGGAAACGACACUUUCUCUGAUCUAAAGAAGCUCAAGAAGCUGGAACUGCAGGAAAACCCAUGGAACUGCGCCUGCCUCUUUCUGAACAUCAUAAAGUGCAUAAAUGACUCUGGAGUGCAGACAGAAGGAGGAACCUGUGCUGCUCCAGAAGAGCUGGCUAAGAAAAGUGUCUCAAAUGUGAUCAGUGCAUGCGCCUCAAGAACAAGACCACCCCUAGUUACUACCACAAUCAGCCCUGUUACGGCUGCUACUCCUGCUACAACUUCUACAGCUACUUCAACUGCUACGACAGCUUUGACCUCUACUAAGGCAACAACGUUCACUACUGCUGCCCAGCGGACAUCACAAGUAGUGUCAUCCACAUUAGGCCGCCCCAACAUCUCAAACAAAGAUUCCUUGUCAGAGGCUGGAAAAAUGGGCAGGCCGGAGCCUGGGGUGAGCAACACCUGGAAGUUUCUGGCUGGCGUGAUAGUCAUCGCUGUCUGCACCUCCAUGUUCAUUGUGUGCGCUGUCAAAUCGCCCUCAUGGUACAAACUGCUCUUCAACUACCGCCACCAGAGGCUUCGCGAGGUGGACGAGCCCAACGUCUUCAGCACGGGCCGCUACUCUAACUUCAGCCUGGACACGGAGCAGACAGAGACCAGUGCCGCCGAGCUGGACCAGGGCCCAGAGCAGCCACUAGAAGAAGAGGACGGCUUUAUAGAAGACCGCUACAUCCAGCCAGAGGACUACAAAGACCACACUGAGGACUACAAAGACCAUGCUGAUGCUGAUGAAGUAUGAAAUCGGACCUGAGAGGAUGAUGACUGAAUUAAGCAUAUGAAUGUUUACCUUUAAAGACCAGCCAUGACAAAGUUGAAGCAUAAGCAGCUACGCUUUAAUACGUCUAUCUAAAGCAUAAGCGGCUAUUAAAAGUCUGUAAAGGCAAAGUUCAAAGCUUUCAGAAGCUGCAACCGCAACAAAUGUUUGUGACGGCCUCUUUUCCGUUUAUCAAUCAACUAAAGGACUCGGUGUCUUUUCAUGUAUUCAUUUCUGUACCAAAGAUCGAUGGCUAAGCUAUCCAAACUCUGAGGUGAAAAUUUUAAUCGCUUCGUAUUAAAAUGGGUUAAACUGUCGUUUGCAGGCUUGCACUGCAAGUGACCUUCAGUGACGUCAGCUUUUGAGUUUUUGCUGUUGUUGACAGUUCAGCAUGGGGACAGAAAAGGCAAUAAAAGUUAUAGAAUUCCUAGAAA